AUGGUGGGCCCCAGAAUACCAUCGAAGCGCGCGAGGGCAGCGAUCGAGGACGACGUAUCGGAGCUAUACGACGUUCAGGCAUCGUCGUCCAAUGCUCGGCGGGCAUCUAACAAAAAGCAGCGCCUAGCCGUCGCCAACGAAGACGACACAUCCGAUCCAUACUCCUCCGACCGGAGCGACGAACGCGGGGAUCGACGGGAUGGCUACACCAUUAGCGAGUCCGAGGAAGAAGAAGAAGAAGAGGAGGACACAGAUAUCGACGAGCUAGAAGAAGAAGGCGACAUCCAGGCGACGCAGAGAUAUGUCUACGACAGAAUGCGGGAGCGCAAGCAGGCGCAGAACAUGCCCGCCGAGAGCGCCAUCAUCGAGGAAGUCAGAUGCUACAACUUCAUGUGCCACUCUAAGCUGGAGGUCCAUUUCGGCCCGCUCAUCAACUUUAUCAUUGGACACAAUGGUAGUGGGAAGAGCGCGGUGUUGACGGCGUUAACGCUGUGUCUCGGUGCGAAGGCUACGUCUACGAAUAGGGGGCAGAACCUGAAGAGCUUUGUCAAGGAGGGCCAGGAACAUGCCACGUUGAGCGUCAAGAUUAAGAAUCAGGGGCCCAAUGCCUUUAAGUCGGAUAUCUAUGGGAAGUCGAUCAUUGUCGAGCGGCACUUCUCCCGCAAUGGCGGCAGUGGAUUCAAGCUCAAGAAUGCAAAGGACAAGCUUAUCUCGAGCAAACGAGCUGAUUUGAACGACAUACUCGAUCAUUAUCAGCUACAAAUCGACAAUCCGAUGAACGUGCUGUCUCAGGACAUGGCAAGGCAGUUCCUCAAUCACUCAAAUCCGCGCGACAAAUACAAAUUCUUCAUCAAGGGGACGCAGCUCGAAGAACUGGACCACAGCUACCGAGAGAUCGAGCAGAGACUCGACGAGUCAGAAGUCAAGCUGGUCGCCAGAGAGGAGGAUGUCAAGGCCUUCGCCAAGAAGAAGGAUGAUGCGAUGAAAAAGAUGGAGCAUGCCGACAGGCAGCAAGCCUUGCAGCGAAAAAUCGACAACUACGGCCAUCAGAUGGCCUGGGCGCAGGUCGAAGAACAAGAACAAAAACUCCGGGAAAUCGACCAGCAGAUACAGCAGGAGAGCGACAAAGUUGCUCAGUGCGCCAGGGAGGCUGAUCGCGCAUCCGACACUUACGAUCGCGCGGCUCAAGUGCUAGACAAGAUGCAGGAAGAGGAGAUUCAAAUCCGCGCCGGUAAGGAAGAGCCCGAGGAAAGGCUGAACCAGGUUAAGGAACAGUUCGACAGCAACAAGGAAGAGCUGAGGUCCACGCUGUUGCAGCAACGCGACAUCGGCGGCGAGCUUCGGCAGAGUAAGGCGGCCAUGGCCAAGAUUCGGAAAGAGAUUGCCGACGAAAGGCAGCGGCGGGAGGGUGCCAGCGGAGUCAGCCACACUCAAAAAUUGGAGGAGAUCCAGGAUGCGAGAGUAGCAGCAGACGAGGCAAAAGCCGAGUUUGAGGCGCAUGGCCAAGGUGUUGAACGCUUGGAGGAAAACCGUACGCAGGCUCAACAAAGAGUCAGGCAGUUGGAACCUUCUAAGCUUGCAAAGGAACAGGAGGUUCAAGAAUGCCAAGCGCUCAUUCGCAAUCUUACCCAGGGUCAGGGGCAGUGGAUGAACGCGUACGACCCCAAGCUGGGAACGCUUCUCCGCGCGAUUGAGAACGAGCGAGGAUUUCUCGAGAAGCCAGCGGGUCCCUUAGGCCGCCACAUAAGACUACUCAGACCACAGUGGUCUUCCGUGCUCGAAUCGUCACUCGGCGCCCACCUCAACGCUUUUGUCGUCACCAGCAAGCAAGACCAAACUCUACUAUCAGGUCUCAUGCAGCGAACUCAAUGCCACUCGACCAUCUUUAUCGGCAAGAGCACUCCAAUCGACACUUCCAGGAACGAACCCGAGGCCCAUCUAGACACUUGGAUGCGAGUCCUAAAAUUCGACAACGACGCAGUCCGCAACCAGCUAAUCAUCAACCAAUCGAUUGAGCAGACCGUGUUGAUCGAGAAGCGGCGAGACGCGAUGGACUUCAUGUACAGCGGCGCGCGACCAGUCAAUGUCAAAGUGUGCAUGUGUCUCAACGACGAGUCGAAACGCGGCUGGGGCCUCCGACUCACGUAUUCGGGCGCGGGCAGCGAGAAGAUCGACCCUGUUGCCGCGUACACCAAGCGGCCUCGCAUGCAGACUGACGUCGAGGCUCAGGUACAGCUAGAGACUGAGAAGCUGCAGCACCUGCGUCGCGCGCUUAGUGAAGCUGAACAAGCUCUGAGGGAGGCGCGGAUUGCUGUGAAACAGUGCGAUCAAGCGCUUGUACAGCACAGACGGCAGCAAAAGGAUCUUCAAUUACGGUCGCAGCAAGCUGACGAGCUGUGGGAGCGGCUUAACGACGAACUCGAGGCGGAAAUGCCGUCCGAUGGCAAGAUCGAAGCACUGGAGACGCAGUUGCAGGAAACCCAGGAAGGAGAAGAGUUUCAGGAGAACGCCUUCCAAGAUGCUGUGGAUCAGCGAGACAGGAUCAACCAGAAGCAGCGAGAGCUCAAGACUCAGAUGGACGAGAUCCAAACUGAGAUAACCACCAUCGAUGAACAUCUAAACAAGGUCAGCCUGAAAGUACAACAGCUCUCUGAAAAGCGCCAAAAAGCACUUUACGACAAGAACCGCGCGCUUCAAGCCACCGACGAUGCGAGGCUAAACAAGCAAGCCUUCGAAGAAAGGCGCCAAGAGCAAGCCGACAGGGUGACCGAGUUCGACGGCCAGGCUCGACAGGUCUCCGGCGGGGUCCGCGUGCCCGUCGAUCCAAACGAGACGACAAACAGCCUCGACAAGAAACUGGAAAGACUCAUCAACGAGCGCGACGAAGCGCAGCGACGACUCGGCGGCACGCGAGAAGAACUGGCGACACGGGCUCUAGAAGCGAGUGCAAUUUACGAGACCGCGCUUCGCCGCCUGAGAGUCGUCGAGAAGGUUGUGCAGAGUCUCAAAUACGCUAACAGCCGUCGGAGGGUGCGGUGGAACAAAUUCAGGCACUACAUUGCUAAUCGUGCGAGGGUGACGUUUGCGUACUUGCUUGCUGAGCGCAAAUUUAGGGGGUCGCUGAAUGUGGACCAUGUUAAUAAAUUGCUGGAUAUACAGGUGGAACCAGACAUCACCAAAGCCAGCGACAAAGGUCGACAGACCAAGACGCUUUCCGGCGGCGAGAAGUCCUUCUCAACCAUUUGCCUUCUUCUGUCCCUCUGGGAUGCCAUGGGCUCACCCAUCCGCUGCCUCGACGAGUUCGACGUCUUCAUGGACAACGUGAACCGGGAUGUCAGCAUGAGGAUGAUUAUCGAAGCUGCCCGCGCGGCUGUCAGCAGACAGUUUGUCUUCAUUACCCCGCAAGCUAUGGGCAAUGCAAAUAUGGCGAACGAUGUCAAGAUCAUCAAGAUGAGCGAUCCGGAGCGCGGGCAGACGACGUUGCCUUUCGGCGGCUAG